AUAUUUAUUGUCGCAGAUUCGCCAGAAACCUUCCUCAAAACAAAUAAAAAUACGAUUUUGAAUUACUUAUUCAAGAUUUAAUGUAGAUAUGUACAUUUAUUUAUGUAACUCUUAGGAUAUUACGUUUUAUUUUACAAACAUGGAGACGUCAAAUGCAGGUGGGACUUCCUCCAUCUUCAUGUGUAAACUGUGCAACCUGUUCUCCCCACACCGAGCACAGCUCCUCUCCCACGUGUCUGAGAAGCACCACACAGAGGAGCUCAACCCUGAUGACAUCAUUGUGGCCCUCAUGCCAUUGACAGCUCCACUGGAGAAGGGUGGAGGUGGAGAUAGCCCUGUCAAGAGGAAACGAGGACGUCCUAAGGGCUCAACCAAGAAGAUUGUAGCUGAUGGGCCCAUGACAGAGACUACUAGCCCCAACCAGAAGAAGCAGAAACAACAGACAGUAGAGGCCCAAUCAGAAGCUGGGCCAGUGGAAGAACCAGAGGACGACAAUGCUCUGGACUGCAAGAAGUGCAACCGUGUGUUCGGCAACAAGCGACAGAUCAUGAAACACAUCUGCUUGAUAGACCUCAGAGAGGAUGGGGAGGAGGAGGAGGAGGACAACGACAAAGAGUUUGAGGCUCAGACCUGGUGCAUCAGAGAGACAAAAGCGAGGACGGAGAGGAAGGAGCAGGAACAAGCAGGAAGCACCAAGAACCCCAUCAUCAGUGUGGUUCUCACCGCUCACGAGGCACUUCCUGGUGCGACAAGGAUAGUGCCGAUCGAGGCCACCCCAGCAGAGCCGACUGUUACUGCAGACACAGACUCUCAGGAAGCGGGACAGAAGAGAGGUUUUCAGGAAUAUUCCAUACAACAAGCUGCUUAUGAAGUGCCAUUAAAGUCAAACAGAAUAGGACAGACCCAGUUGAAGAUCUUCACCUGCGAAUACUGCAACAAGGUCUUCAAGUUCCGCCACUCCUUGCAGGCCCAUCUGCGAACCCACACCAACGAGAAACCCUUCAAGUGCCCACACUGCGACUACGCCAGUGCCAUCAAAGCCAACCUCAGCGUUCACAUGCGCAAACACACGGGAGAGAAGUUCAGCUGUGAGCACUGCUCCUUCCAGUGCCUCAGCAAGGGCCACCUCAAGGUGCACGUGGAGAGAGUUCACCACAAGAUCAAGCAGCACUGUCGCUUCUGCAAGAAGAAGUACUCUGACGUCAAGAACCUGCUCAAGCACAUCAGGGAGAGCCACGACCUGGAGGACAAGAAGGUGAAGGACUCCUACCAUGAGUACAGUCUACAGACCAGAGAAGGCAAGAGGCAGCUCCUCUACGACUGCCAGAUCUGCGACCGCAAGUUCAAGAACGAGCUGGACCGCGACCGCCACAUGAUGGUCCACGGCAGCGAGAGGCCGUUCGGCUGCGAGCUGUGUGACCACGGCUGCACCAAGUUCCAGGCUCUCCAAGCACAUGUCCGCAAGCACCCCUUCCUCUACGUGUGUGCUGCCUGCCAGCAGAGGUUUGUCAGUUCCGUGCGGCUUAAGGCCCACCUGAAGGAGGCUCACCCAGAAUCAGAGGAGGCGGCCGGGUUCUCAGAGUCCAUCAACAGCAGCUUCUGUCUGCUGGAGCCGGGGGACGACAUCAAGAGAGAGAUGCUGAGACAGGAUGAGAUCAGGAUGGCUGAGGAGCUGUCUCUACUCAACGCCCAGCAGGAGGAGGAUGAGGAGGAGGCCCUCGCUGGUGACCCUUCAGAGGAGCAGGAGGAGGCCCUCGCUGGUGACCCUUCAGAGGAGCAGGAGGAGGCCCUCGCUGGUGACCCUUCAGAGGAGCAGGGGGAGGCCCUCGCUGGUGACCCUUCAGAGGAGCAGGAGGAGGCCCUCGCUGGUGACCCUCCUUCAGAGGAUCAGGAGGAGGCCCUCGCUGGUGACCCUUCAGAGGAACAGGAGGAGGCCCUCGCUGGUGACCCUUCAGAGGAGCAGGAGGAGGCCCUCGCUGGUGACCCUUCAGAGGAGCAGGAGGAGGCCCUCGCUGGUGACCCUUCAGAGGAACAGGAGGAGGCCCUCGCUGGUGACCCUUCAGAGGAACAGGAGGAGGCCCUCGCUGGUGACCCUUCAGAGGAGCAGGAGGAGGCCCUCGCUGGUGACCCUUCAGAAAAACAGGAGGAGGCCCUCGCUGGUGUCCCUUUAGAGGAACAGGAGGAGGCCCUCGCUGGUGUCCCUUCAGAGGAACAGGAGGAGGCCCUCGCUGGUGACCCUUCAGAGAAACAGGAGGAGGCCCUCGCUGGUGACCCUUCAGAGGAGCAGGAGGAGGCCCUCGCUGGUGACCCUUCAGAGGAGCAGGAGGAGGCCCUCGCUGGUGACCCUUCAGAGGAGCAGGAGGAGGCCCUCGCUAGUGACCCUUCAGAGGAGCAGGGGGAUGGGGUGGAACAGGGAGAGGGGCUGGGAGAGUGGGAGGAACAGGUGGUCCCUGAUCCGGGCCCUAAGGGGCAGACUGUAGAGACAUACGUGUUGAACCAACCUGCACAAGAGACUGAGACUCUACAAGACAGAACUGAGCCAAUCAGUCCUGAACAAACCCAGACAACAAGCAAAGGCACGGCCCAGGAAGUAAUCAGCGAGGAGAGACCUGAUAAGACACUGAUGGAGGAAGACGAGCCUCAUGGGGAGAAUAACGUCACUGUGGCUGAACAAGACACUUUGGUAGAAAGGCCUUCAGGCAAGGAGGAAUCAGUGGGCCACCAGCAGUAUCCUGAAGAAGACAAGGGUUCUUCAUCAACAUCACAAGGUCAUGUUGAGGAGACUCUCCGGUCUUUGAUUCAGGGGGAGGUCAUAGGUCAAACAAACACUUCAGCAGGACCACAAGGAGAGGAUGGUACAACGGAGGAGAGGAGCGCAUUCCAACAGAUUCUAGAUAAGCUGCAGAAAAGGCAGCUGAACAUGGUUGUCUUUGAGAGAAUACGGAAAGUAUACGGGGACCUGGAAUGUGAAUACUGUGGAAAGCUCUUCUGGUACCAAGUCCACUACAACAUGCAUGUGCGCACUCACACAAAAGAGCAUCUACAUUACUGUACCCAGUGCAGCUAUUCUUCCAUCACCAAGAACUGCCUGAAGCGCCAUCUAAUCCAGAGACACAGUAACGUCCUGCUCCAGUGCCCCAUGGAAGACUGCCAGUACUGCACACCUGACAAGUACAAGCUGCAGGCCCACCUCAAAACACACUUUGACAACGAGAAGAAAAGCUUUGCUUGCCCUGUGUGUGAGGAAACGUUCACUGAAGAUAAACUUAAGCUUCAUAUCAGGAACUUUCAUCCAGAUACGCCGAUGAACGCCAUCUCUGAGGCGCUGGGGGUGAGGGUGCAGAUGAAGGGCUUGAUCGGGAAGAGAGCGUCCAAGUGCCCUUAUUGUGACAGCUACUUCAUGAGGAACGGAGCAGAUCUACAGCAGCACAUCUGGGCUCACGAAGGAGUGAAGCCCUUCAAGUGUUCCCUGUGUGAUUAUGCCAGCCGCAGCAAGAGCAACCUGAAGGCCCACAUGAGCAGACACACCACGGAGAAGACACAUCUGUGUGACAUGUGUGGCAAGAAGUUCAAGUCCAAGGUCACUCUGAAGAGCCACAAGCUGAUGCACACAGAGGACGGUAAGCAGUUCAAAUGUACAGAGUGUGAUUACAGCGCUGUACAGAAACCUCUGCUGGUGAGACACAUGGAGCAGCACGCCUCUUUCAAGCCCUACCGCUGCGGCCACUGUCACUACUCCUGUAACAUAGCAGGACCCCUGAAGAGACAUUACAGCAAGAAGCACCCCGACCAGGAGUACUGUAACGCAGGGCCUGGGCCAGCCACCUCUGAGGCGGUGGAACAGCAAGGUGGAGUGAAGUGUCCUGUGUGUGACUAUGUGUACGGCACCAAGUGGGAGAUGAACAGACACCUGAAGAACAAGCAUGGCCUCAAAGUGAUUCAGAGUGACGUGCUUGGUCUGAACCAAUGGGAGGUGGUGGAGCAGUCGAUGGAGCAGCCUCUUACCCAGUACCUCCACAUCACUGAGACAGAGGACCCUCAGGGGACCGAAGCUGCCGUGUCGGCCCUCCAGGACCUCAGGUUCACAGAGAACGGGAUGGCAUCGACCACCACAGAAGGGCUGGAUCCCACAGCGGUUAACAUCCUCCAGCAGAUCAUUGAGCUGGGGGCAGAGUCUAAUGAUGCCACGGUGGCCUCCAUGGUGACCAUGGCCCCUGGCAGAGUGACCGUGGUGAAGCAGGUGGGUGAGGAGGAGCAGCAGGGGACCCACACUGUGAUGAUCCAGGACUCCUUCCAGCAGGCAGCCUCCAUGGGUCUGGGUGAGGAGCACCAUCUGGUGGUGUCGUCUGACGAUGUGGAGGGCAUGGAGACGGUGACUGUGUACACUCAGGGAGAGGAUGCCUCCCAGUUCAUCGUCUAUGUCCAAGAGGCUGUGCAGACCGAGGAGCAUACUGUGGAAUCUAUCUGAGCAGGACAGGGCAUUGGUGCAGGGAUGGAGGAGCAGUCAACAGUUUCAUCCUGGGUCAUUCAGAAGGUGGAAGACAAUUUGAAACAGGGAGGUACUACCUGAACUUGUCCAGUUAGAACACAGAUUUGAAUUGUUCCGUUGCUAAACAUUUUGCUACAGUGUGCCCUAUUGAACUCCACCCUGGCUUGCUCUUUGAAACCCACACCCAAUCUCCAAUGGAUUUGAUUGGAGUAACAUAGUGACUUGAAAUGUAUCAUUUCAUCGCUUAGGCCUUUUCUUUGUGAUUAGCAUUUCCUUAUGUCAAUUCAACUUAAUAUAUCAAAGGCUUUUCUUAGAAAACAAGAUUUUGGAAUGUACUUUUUAUACAAGUGUAAAAUUACUUUAAGGGAAUAAAAUGUGAACCUGGAUAAUUCAAAUAUUUAGGCCGGGAUUCAAUCUGUGUAACGUUGUUGACAAUGAGCCUUUUAAAGGCUAUGUUACCGCGUUCACGGUAAAUGCUGCAGACGUUGUCUCAAUCGGAAAUUAGCUUUAAAAAUGUCAAGCGCACUAUAACACGGUUUUAGAUAGAAUCUCGGCCUUACUUAGCUAGCAUAGUUGCAGUUUUCGUAUGAUGUGCCUUUCUUGAAUGUUUACAACUGAUCAUUUACAGGACUAGAUACUUUAGAGGUCUAGAUUGUUGAUCAUGUUUUUCUAUACCCCCCCAUCCUGUUGACUAACAUUUCUACACAUAUUGGAAUGUAAGUCAAUGAACAAUUAAACGUAUCAUGACAAACUCAA